UCAGUUGGCGGUUGAUCUCAUCAGAGGAAGGGUAACUCGGGACCACCCCGAGCCGCGCCAGUCUCGUCCCGACCGCCGACCGAGCAACAUCUCCACCAACCGCGACGCGCAACUCUUCCCGCUCAAGGAAAAACGCCUGAAAAAAACUCGACAAUUAAAAAGACAAUGGGCCAUUAGACGUCACAAAUAGGUACAGUGUUUCUUCUUGUCGUCUUGAAUGUUGUUGCCUGGAGUGAAAACCUGGAUUUUCGCGUGGAAAAUAUACGGGAGCGACCUUCUGGCACAACAUCUCCAGUGAUGUGAUGACGCAAGCGCGCGAGCCCCUAAGCAUCAUGGACGGGAACCCCCCCAACUGUGACUUCUCCACCAAGACCAAGCGCGGCAUGUACGUGUCCAAGAGCCUGGCCGUCGUCGUCUUCAUCAUCUUCGGCCUCGCUCUCAUCGCCACCUCCUUCAUAGUCUACAACUUCGCGGCUUGCCCAAUCACGGACCAGCUCGCUAACGUCACCAAAUACGAACUGCACCACUGCGGCGACCAAUCAAAACUCUUAGUGCUACCCAUAAGCACUGAACACAACAAAAAUGUUCUGCCUUUAGAUACUACCCCGUUUCCUACUACUAGUGAAGCGCUAGAGACAGAUGAACCGGUGAUCACUGAUCUUCGACUGCCAAGAACUGUGCGGCCAGAGAAGUACAAUCUGAGGCUGACUCCGUAUAUAUUUGAGGGGAACUUCACAUUCGAUGGAGAGCUCAGUGUAGUGAUAGCGGUAAAGAAUGCUACUGACUCUAUUACGUUUCAUGGUGUUGAGUUAACGUUUAAGAGUAUAAAGUUGUAUGAGAAGAGCAGUGGAAGGGUGUUGAGGAUUGUUCAGAGGACUGAGGAUGCUCCAAGGCAGUUCCACACGAUCUCGCUGAAUGAGACGUUGAAGAAGGGACAGCGGUAUGUGAUGAAUGUUACAUACACGGGGAUACUCAACGAUGACCUGCACGGCUUCUAUAGAAGUUCCUAUGUAGAGAAGAACGUUACAAGAUGGAUAGCAGUGACGCAGUUCCAGGCCACGGACGCGCGGCGCGCCUUCCCGUGCUGGGACGAGCCGGCACUCAAGGCGCGCUUCACCAUCAGCAUCGCCCGCCCCGCCAAUAUGACCUCCGUGUCCAACAUGAACGCUGUUGGCCCGCCUACCCCGCAUGCAACAAUCAAGGAGUACGUUUGGGACCAGUACGCCGAAACCCUUCCGAUGUCCACGUAUCUGGUCGCCUUUGCAGUCACGGACUUCAAGAAGAUGUCCGACAAAAACUUUGCAGUUUGGGCCAGAAAAGAAGCACUUUCGUCCGCUGCAUACGCCCUAGAGAUUGGACCGAAGAUUUUGAGUUUCUUGGAAAAUUAUUACAAGAUAAAAUUUCCAUUGCCGAAGAUCGAUAUGAUCGCGCUCUCGGAUUUCAAGGCCGGCGCCAUGGAGAAUUGGGGGCUUCUCACUUUCAGAGAGAUAGCCAUGCUGUACGACGGUGCCAUCUCACCGACCACGGCGAAGGCGCGCGUGGCGUCGGUAGUAGCGCACGAGAUCGCGCACCAGUGGUUCGGCAACCUGGUGACGCCCGCCUGGUGGUCCGACAUCUGGCUCAACGAGGGGUUCGCGUCAUACGUCGAGUAUGUCGCUGUUGACGCUGUGGAGAAAUCGUGGAAGUUGAUGGAGGUAUUCGUGCUCAACGAGGUCCAGAGUGUGUUUAAACUGGACGCCCUCACCUCCUCCCACCAGAUCUCAGUGGAAGUGUACAACCCUGAGGAGAUCGGGGCCAUAUUCGACAAGAUAUCGUACGGAAAAGGUUCAGCCAUUCUACGCAUGAUGAAUCAUUUCCUGACGGAUGACGUCUUCAAUAACGGCAUCACCGACUACUUGAAUGCCAAGAAGUAUGGUGAUGCGGAGCAAGGUGACCUGUGGAGUGCCCUCACCAACGCUGCGAGGAAGCGAGGGAUGUUCGACGCUGAUGUGGCCGUGGUCAUGGACUCCUGGACUCUGCAGACUGGCUUCCCUGUCCUGAACAUUGUGAGGGAUUAUGAGACUAAUCGCGUCACGUUUAGCCAGGAGCGUUUUGUCCUAAUAAACAAUACCGUAGUGGGCGAGCGGUCCCCCGUGUGGUGGAUUCCCGUAUCCUACACCACGGGUAGAGAGAAGAACUUCACAUCCACCGUCCCCAAGCUCUGGCUGCGAGGGCAGAGGUCCAUCGCCGUUAACAACAUCACAAUAGAUGCCAAUGAUUGGUUGAUAGCUAACAUUCAACAAACAGGUUUCUACCGCAUCAACUACGACAUGCGAAACUGGAAGAUGUUGAUAGACGUGUUGAACGACCGGUCGAGGUUCGAGUCCAUCCACCCGAUCAACCGCGCUCAGAUUGUGGACGACGCUAUGAACCUGGCGUUGGCUGGUCGACUGGACUACGGCACUGCUCUGGACAUCACCAGCUACUUGGUUCAUGAACGUAGCUAUGUCCCGCUGAAAGCUGGACUGGUGGCGCUGGGAUACAUUGACACUAUGCUGUCGAAAGGAGCGCAUUAUCUGGAGUACAAGCGUUACGUGCUCAGCCUGCUCGACGGCGCAGUAGCAGACCUGGGCUGGAACGUGGCGGCCAAUGAGAGCGUGGUGCGCGCGCAGCACCGGAUGGACCUUCUGUCAACCGCCUGCCACCUCGAGCAUGUGGACUGCAUCGAACAGGCCGUCCGGAUGUACGCCAAUUGGAUGCUGAGCCCUAACCCUGACGCGUAUAAUGAGAUCCACCCAGACAUCCGCAGCACGGUGUACUGCGUGGGCGUGCACACGGGCGGCGCGCGCGAGUGGCAGUUCGCGUGGGAGCGGUUCCGUGCAGCGGGGGCACCCUCCGAGCGGGAACUGCUGCUGUCUGUACUGGGGUGUACCAGGGAGCCAUACUUGCUGUACAGAUACCUGGAGCUGUCCCUGAGCAACGACAGCGGCAUCCGCAAACAGGACACGGUGCGGGUGUUCUCCGCCGUGGCCAGCUCCACGCUCGGACAGCCCAUCGCCUUCAACUUCCUCAGGGGGAACUGGCAGAGGGUUAAGGACUAUGUCGGAUCAGGAGCAACGGUGAAUAGUAUCCUGAAGGUGGUUACAAGAUGGCUCAACCAGCCACAUGAAUUUGAAGAGCUCAAGAGGUUCGUGACAGAGUCGUGUCAGGACCUCGGUAGACCCGUGCAGCAGGUCCUGGAGAGAACGGAGGCCAACGUCCAAUGGAUGCAGCGGAACUACCAGACCAUCGUGCAUUGGCUACUGAAAACUACUUCCGCGUGAUCGAAAGAGCGACAAGGAUAGCAAUAUCACUACUCUCACUCAUAGGCAGGACUUGCGAGUGAAAGGUUGUCUGCCAGCGUUCGUUGGUCGGAUUGUGUUGCUGGCUGCUUGAAUUUAACGGAAAGUAACAUGGCGUGACCUAGUCUAAUAAAAGCUACGGUUUUUCUACAAAAUAAACUUGUAUUUUUUGGAUAAUCAAUUUAAAUAAUUUAUAAUUGAAAAAUGCAUGCCAUGAUAAUGCAAUGGUCAUGAAAAUACCUAAUUAUAAUUUGUAACUAGGUACAUACUAUUAUAAUAAAAUACAUACACGUAAAAUAAAUGCAUGCUAUUAGUCCUAGUCAAUGAAGAAAUUGUUACGAUCCGGCAUUUAAUAUGCAUAAAUGGAAGACAUUUACUUAUGAAUAUGUAUUUAGAAUGGAAUGCAUCUUUUAUAAAUCUACGAGUAUAUUGAUAUAAACAUUAGAUAUAUGGACCAAAACUAAGGUAUCAUAAAAUGAUAAAUUAUUUCUCUGAAUGUAAUUUUUAAGUACCUAUACCUAUUGUGGUUCUUGUUGACGUUUAAUGAUUAUUAACCUAUUUCAAUAAUUAUUAUUUUCGUUUGCAAUACCUCUUUCGAUUCACCUCGAAGCUAAGGGGUCACUCUAUUU